AUGAUCUCCCGUUGCAUCUUCUUUAUCUGCUGGUUCGGCGGGCUUUUGACAAGAGCCAGUAGUUUCUCCAUUGAGCGAAAGAACCUGCCUGGUGUCUGGAAGCUCAAGUUCAAAGAGGACUGUGAGGUUUCUUUCGUCAAGAAGAAGACCGGGGAGUCCAUUCUGAUCCGAAUUCAAGAAGACGGUUAUUUUCAACAGUGCGAUGACGAUGAUGAUGGUGACUAUGGUCCCAAGAAGCUCCAUGGUUGCUGGGAAUUUGAAGAUUCCGAGCUUCAGCUGGCAUUUGACCGGAAAUGUCAUUCUUCCCCAGCAGACGUCUUGCUGUCCGGGAAAGUAUCAGGAGAAGAGGACGCCACUCGAAUCCCCAAUGGUAUUGUUUCCGAAGGAAAAUUCAUGUACCCGACAACCCACGCGGCAUUCUUUGAUCAGGUAAUGGCAACGUCGGAGCAGACUGGCAAGUUUUCGCUAAAACAGAUUAUGGGAUUUAAUCAACUCAUGUCGCUGACAACUAUUGGUGGCACUAAAGAUGAAGAAGAAGAAAACCAAACUCCAAAGUACACUGUGUCAGAUUUCUUUGAUCGAAAAUUCUUCAUGACCAUUGUUCCGAUUGAAUGCAAAAUCAAACCACCCAAAGAAUGGGACAAACAAAAGCGAAGUUGGUACAAUCCACUCGACGACCAAGCCGCCGAUAUUCGUACCAUGCCAAUACAAUUCUUUGCCAAUUCCACAUUUGAAGCAGUCGGGGUGAACAAGAUUUUGAGAGGAAGAUUUGAAAUCACUAAGGACAACAAACUGUGGUUCCGCGUAUCCAGGUUUGGAAUGGGACGAAGCGUUCCCGGCUCAGUAUAUAGUGAAGGCAUUGGUCUAUCCCACGAAGAUGAAAGGACCUAUGUCGGCACGAUCGAAGAGCAAAGUGAUGAUCGAGAAAGAAGGACUCUGCGUGUGGAAGGAAAGGUGACCUUUGGUAAUGAUAUGGGCUCAGAUGCAAGGCCGGAGCCCGUCGGCACAUUCUUGAUGCAUGAAGUCGAUGAUGCGUCGCUGGAAAUGAACGAGGACGAAGACGCUGAAGCGAACGAGGACAUUUUUGAUAGUGUAUUUGAAUGA